AUGGGGAAUCUACGCGCUUGUCUUCAGUGCCGUGAGUCAAAGCGGAAAUGCUCUCGGAAGGAUCCCUGCGAAGUCUGUGACUCGUGCCGAUACAGGAACCUCCGAUGCAGUGCUGCGACGGUAAUACCGGCGAAGAGGCCGACUUCUGAUGGCAGACAUGUAGAGUCACCUAUGGUGGAGCCAAUGUCAUCACCACUACCACUCGCGGGCCUCUCUCAAGACACAAUUGCCGAGUUUGUCAAUAAUUAUCUGGACAAAGUUCAUGGUGGAUGCCAUAGCAUCUUUCAUCCAGACACACUGCGGACUCAGUUGCGGCAAGGUACAGUGAACAAGACUGUGCUGUACGCUAUUUGCGCCCUAGGAUCCAAAUUCGCCGCAGAUAAUGGUAAGAGGGCAGCAGAAGACUCACUUGCUGCCGAAGCCAAGAGGUUAUUACACGCGGAUCUUGAAAACAUUUGCAUCGAGAACGUGCAGGCAUGCAUCGUGUUGGCGGCCCUCAGCUCCGGGAACUCCCAGCCUUCUUCAGGAGCACUAUACAUUCGUAUUGCUGUCGGCAUGGCCGAACUCUUGCAUCUAGGACAGCCACGAAGCUUUGCUAAUCAAGACUCCAUCCUCACCCAUGAAACUUCAAGGAGGAUAUGGUGGUCGCUCUACAUAGCAGAGCGAUGGUGCUUCUCUGGACUUGGCCUCCGUUGUCGCAUGGAUGAUGCUGACCACUACCAAGAGGGCCAUGUUCCACCCAUGGAUGACUUUCUAUUCUUCUGUCUUUCUGCCGGCGAUCCGAAUCCCUCUAGCAUUGUUCAAAAACCCGGCCUCUGGAGUUUUAUGAUCAAACUCACCAGCUAUUUCGGUUCUAUCCAGGAUCUUAACCGGCAAAUCGCCACAGGCGGUCUCCUCGCAUCUGCCACGAAAGAUAAGAUCAAACAGCUCGGGCAGCAGCUCGAAGACUGGCAUCGCUCAAUUCCUUUGGACAUGCAGAUGACCGCUGAGAACCUAGAGCGCUGGAUAAGAAAGGGUUUGGCUAGGCCCUUUGUGUCACUCCACCUAACCUAUCACCAUUUUUCAACACUACUUUACUUUCACUUUCUCGAGGAGCAGCACCGGCGGCCCACCUUGUACGCAAAUGCAUGCAACUAUGUUGCUCGCUGUAAACACCACGCUACUUCUUUCAGCAGUCUUCUCAGUCUCUCUCGCCAGGCAACGGAGACCGAAAUCAACUACUCGAAUGUCGGCCAUAUGAUUGUAGUUUCUUCAUCAGUACUCGUACACACUCUUCUAUUUGGCGACAUGCAUGAGCUUCCCGAAGCACGGCAGAAGCUGAAUUCCAACUUUGACGCUCUAAUGCGACUUCGGCGCUACUGGCCGGCCACGACAGCGAUGAUCAACCGGUUGAAUUUCUUUCAAACCGUCUGUCUCUUAACUCUCGAAUCCUACAAGCUAGACGGGUGGAUGGUGCGAUUUCUCUUAGAGCAUUCACUUCCACUUGAGAGUAGAGAACUACCAGUGUUGCCACCAAACUUGCAAGCAAGUAUGCCAGUUUUAUCACCGGAACCGCAGGAACUAGCGGGAGCAGGGAGAUACACGAAUUUUGAAGCUCACAUUGUUUGA